CUCUCGAGAGCUCACGUCUCCACUGUUGACAUGAUGGCGAAGCCGUCAAUUUCCUUUGUUGUUUCCUCAUCUGCCGCGACAUGCCGUCCAGCCGAUUCAUCGAACCCUUGACAUCCUUCCGCCUUGACAUGCAGCCUGGCUAUCGGCCCCAGUCUCGGUCGAGAUCCAUGAAAUCGUCCCGCUGAACCACCUCCCUCGUCUAAUGAACUUGAAACGACAGACCCGCCAACCGUGCAAACUCCUCUGCAUUAGUGACAUGUACGCAAUGCCGCGUACCUGUAACCACAAAUCUCUAUGACAUCUGUGUAAGAAUAUAAAACAUCCUGCCAGACCUGCUGUUGGGGCCUUUUCCUUUUCUCAUCACAUUCCAUUCUCUUCCAUCACACUCUUUGAUUAUCUUCAAACUCAAGACAGCAGGUCCUGUCAUUGCAUUCAUUUUCAACAUGCUUUUCUCCAUCUCUACUUUCGCCGCCGUCUCGGCCUUUGCAUCUGCUGCACUGGGUGCUGCUCUCCCUGUCUCGGCCAACCCCAACACCGUCGCUAAGCGUGCCUUGACUGGCGAGGCUACUUUCUACGGAGGCAACACCUCUGGCGGACAGUGCUCGUUCACAGAGUACACUCUGCCCUCUGGUGUCUACGGAACUGCUCUCUCCGACUCUAACUGGAGCAAUGCCGCCAACUGCGGCGCCUGUGUCUCCGUCAAGGGCCCCAAUGGCAAGAGCAUCACUGCCAUGAUCACCGACCAGUGCCCAGGUUGUGGCACCAACCACCUCGAUCUUUAUGAGAAUGCCUUCACCCAGCUUGCUGCCAAGUCCGCUGGCAUCAUCAAUGUGUCUUGGGACUACGUCGCUUGUCCCAUCACCUCCCCUCUAUCGAUCCACAUGAAGUCCGGUGUAUCGCAGUACUGGUUCUCUGCUCAAGUGGUCAAUGCCAAGCGCCGCACCACCAAGCUUGAGGUCAGCACCGACUCUGGCAAGACUUGGAAGGCUGCUGCCAGAACCACCUACAACUUCUUCGAGAUCUCGUCCGGCUCCGGUGCCACCUCUGCCUGGAUCAGAGUCACCAGUGAGACUGGCUCCACUGUUACCGUCAAGAACGUCUCUCAGACUGGUGAUGUCAGAGCCACUGCUACUGCCAACUAUGCUUAAGCAGCUCGUGUCAUCUGAACAAGCUGUAUCUGAAUAUAUGUUCGGGCUUGUGUUGACAUUUGUAUGCUUCAAUAGUGAUAGCACAACAGACAAUCUAAGGAC